UAAUAUCUUGUAGAUAAUGGGAGACUGAAAUUAGAUCCCACCUAUCCCUACCAAACCCAGCUUUCUGUCUCUCUGGCGUAAGUGAGAGUGUUGGGACCAUUGGGAGGCUAGGCAAGCGCAGAGCUCGUCUUGGUGGGGCUGUGAAAGGGCUGCCAAGGGCUCCAAAUUCCUCACUAUGACAGUAGCCCUCCAUUGGAUUCUGUCCAGUUUGUUGGCAUCCAUCUUGUACUGGGAGCCCCAAACUGGAUCUUGUAUCCUAGAUGAGACCUCAGGUGUGCCAAACAGAGGGAAAUAAUUACUUCCCUCAGCCUGCUGGCUGUGCUUUUGCUAACAUAGCCCUGUAUGUGUUUAGCCUUAAUCGCUGCAAGAGCGAUGAUAACCCACUUUAGAGAAGUAAAAAAGCGCAGAACUCUUGGCAAUAUAAACACUUGCAGUCCGAUGAAUGCCAGAAACCUAGGUACGAGUAAAAUGAAAUGUUUAAUACCAAACUCUAGAGGGAGCACUGCAGCUGGAUUCUUUGCUGAAACAUGGGACUCUUGGACUUUACCAAUGAGUUUCCACUUCGGUGCACUGAAGGGUAGUGGGUGCUGACUGGGAAUGUGGACCCCAUCCACCGAGGUCUGAAAAUCAACCAUUAUUAUAGAGCAUUUGGGUCUUCCAGGAUAACAUCCCUUGGCAGUGACAGUUUUUCCAGCCCUGCAGUCCACAGCAGGGAGGAGCAUUCCUGCAGCAAUGGAGUCACGCGGCACGGUGGUGAGCAGCACGCUUGCUGUCUUCUUGAUUCUGCACCUGGGUCUGAUCCCUGUUAUGGCUCAACAAAAUGAACUACAGGUAGGAAUUGCAGGACAAGAGGUGCACCUGUGCUGCAGAGGCAUACCUCAAGACUCGGCUGUGACCUGGAAGUACAAUAGGGUUGUUAUAAGGCUGAUUGACCAUUUGAAAUCUUUGAAAGGCAGAGCUACCAUGGCCGAUCGAUCUGAAAUCAAUGCCACCAGUAAACAUCUGAAGGUGUUGGACUUAAGGCUCUCCGAUGCCGGCACCUACACCUGUGAAUAUGGCUCUCACAGAGUCAGUAUCUCACUGCAUGUCUUUCAAUUGACUAUCUCUUUAGAUGGGCACUUCCUGCCAAAUGAAGUCCCUGAGCUGACUUUAAUGCAAAAUUCAUGCCAUACUCUACCCGAUCUCAACAUCACACUGUUUGGAAGUAACCAUAACAUAGUAAGACCAGAACUCUUACGAGACAAGUCCCUGCAAAAAUACACACUGAAGUUAAAGCAACUGGAGACUACAGACAGUGGGACGUGGAUGUGUCAUAUCCUUUCAGACUCUCCAUUGAUUUAUAAGACCAUCAGAUUCGAUGUGAAGGUAUUAGGUUUUCAGAAUCCAGAUUUUGAAAGAAAGUAUGCAACUGUUGAUAGCAGUGUCAUCUUGUCAUGGCAUCUGAACAUCCAGAAGAUAAAAUGGGAAAAAGGUUUGACAGGACAACUGUAUUGGAAAAAACAGGAAAAUGAAACCAUUCAUGAGCUACUUGAUUUCAAUGUCACAGCACAAGGACAGCUGCAUGGCACAAAAAAAAGCAGUCACUUUCAGUUUGAGAUACCUGAAAGCAAACCUGGAAGUACCAUAGAAGUGAAACUCCCCACAGUCCACUUUGACCAUGCUGGGCAGUACCAGUGCCAGCUGGCAUACAAAGGAAGAAACACACAGAGAAAGAUAGAGUUGGUGGUGAUGAAAGUCUCAGCUAACCAUGUUGGACCACUCCCCAGAGGGGCCCAGAUAACCCUGACCUGCGAGGUCUCUAUUCCACUCCCAUCCAAUGCCCGCUUGUGGUGGGAACGUGUGAAUGGGACUGAGAAGGACAUAAAGAAGUCAGAGCCACAUGAAGUAAAGGUAGAGGUGAAUGUCAGUGCUGCAGGGCUGUGGAACUGUCACCUUAUGGAAGACAAUGUCAGGAAGAUCAGCCUUAAUUACCUCGUGGAGGAAGCUCCUGUUUGGAUUAGAUAUGUGGUAACUGGAACAAGUAUUGGAGGCAGUGUAUUGGUGUUUGGCCUUGCAUUCAUCAGUGGUAUAACGUGGCACCGUAGGAGGCAACGGGCAAAAAGGAUGGCACAAGCAAGACAAUACUUGCUGGAAAACAAGACAUGUCAGUGUCAACACCGGCUGAAUAAGUAGUAUUGCAGCACUGGAGUCAGAAGGACCGAUGAAGUCCCUGCCUGUACCUAAACACCUGCCAGCCCAUAGUGCUCUUGUGAAUCCAUCUCCCUUUCUCCUCUUUUGAUUUAAUUCUUUAUUCCUUGAUCAUUCCCCAAGUCUAACACCAUGAAGGGAUGUUGUCUGCCUAGGAGUCGAUGGACAAGAAAAGAAACCCUUAAGGGUUGUGGUUGAUCCCCAGUUCUAUAAUGAGAAAAACUGAAUAUAAGAUAGAUAUAGAUAUAUGCUUAUAUUUUGCUCAUGCACUUAAUUUGACCUUCUUGUGAAACCAAUUUUAUGCUCUUCUUUUAUCCGCCUGAGCUACAAUAAAUUACUUCAGGGUUGGGGUUU